CGUCUACCUGAAGUCGAUCCAAAGUAAAUCGAGAUAAAAUAAUAUAUAUAAAAUAUAUUUAUUAAAACUAUUUUUUUCUUCACAAAAAAAUAUCUAUGCUUACUUAUACAAAUAUGUAUACAUAUAUAUAUUUCAUAGUGCACCAUGUUAUAUUCACCAACUCUCGGUAGAAUUAGUUACACACAUCUUUGCAAGAUUAGAUCCUGUCAGCCUAGCUACUGUAGCUAAAGUAUGUACUUACUGGCGGCAUAUUAUUAUGGAUGAUAGCUGCUGGAGAGAUGCCUUUGUAUCUUAUUUCGGUCGCUUACCAUUCAAGAGAUUGUCGGUUGAAAGUUGGAAGACUGAAUAUAUUCUUAGAAAUCAUUUGAUAAGAAAAUGGACAAAAGGUCGUGGUACAGUUAUGUCCUUUAAUCCAAAAAUUGGUUCACUGGAAUCUAUGCAAGUUGAUUUUGAAGAUUCAUCCAUGUUAGUCGUAAGCACAGAACAUGGUGUUGCUGCUAAAUGUAAUCCAAUGACAGGAAAAGUUGCGCAACGCCAUCUAUUAUAUAGUACGAAUGAAAAUAUACGUCUUCAACUAUCUGCUGUUACAAUGGAUAAAGAUCGUAUUUUAUGGGGAUUCCCAACUGGUUAUAUUACUCUUUCAACACGUACAAAAUCCACAAGCCGUCUAAAAGCUUUUUCAGAUUUCCAUCAGGGUUCUGUUUGCAUCUUAGUCUUGCCUCAGCAUACACAGGAUAUCGUUUUAAGUGGUGCUGAUGAUGGUUCAGUUAAGAUUUGGGAUACAGUGACAGCAUCUUGUGCUUGGACUCUAUAUCCUACUUCUGCUUCUGCUCGAGAACCUACUUGUUUGAAAGUUACGUCUGAUCAUCGUCUCUUUAUAGGUUAUGAUGAUGGUUCAUUGGUUAUCUGGAAUGUUAACUUGAAUCACAUUGCACAAUUGAAUCGAAAUCGUAAUCAAGAAGAUUUUUCUGAAAAGAGAGAUGCCUUUCAAAGACAUUUAGAUGAGAGGAAAAUUGAAGUGAUCAAAUCCUUAGCUUAUGAUAUAGAAACGAAUAUGGUUAUUGUGGCUUAUCAAAAUAGAACAGAUGUUUAUAAAUACUCUGUAAAUUCUGGAAAUUGUGUUGGUAUAUUUGGAUAUGGGCAUACGACAGGCACAUCAAUUACAUCGAUGAAAUGGGAUACAUCUCCUAUUUCUACUACACUGUCUUUAGAGUCAGCCUUGAAACCACAUACAACUAUUGGAAAAAAGAAAAGUGGUAGUAUUAUUCAUCUGUCCUCUUCCUCUUCUCCUGGAACUUCCAAUAAUAGUCCUACUACUUUGUCGGGACAAAUAACACCUUUGACUGCUAAUGUCAAAACUACUCGUCUACUUGUUACUGGUGAUGAUUUGGGUAUAAUCUGUUUAUGGAAUGGUGAUGAAGUGAGUAAAGAAGAAGGUCAUAAAAUAAAGCCUAUUCGUGUAUUAUCUGGUCAUGAAGUUGCCAUUAGUUCUAUCUAUAUUGAUGCUUGUAAGCUAGUGACAGGCAGUGACGAUGGCUGGAUUCGUAUUUGGGAUCCUUUGACAGGUGUUAAUAUCAAUACACUUGGUAAUAAAAUACCAAAACAUGCCCCUAUUGAUCGUACAGAUGUGAAUGUAAUGCGUGUUAAAAAUAUCUGGUGUAAUGAUUAUCAAGGUGUGGCUACAAUAGGACAUCAAGUUAAAACUUGGGAUUUUUCUCCUGGAAAGCAAUUUUUAAGUCGACGUGCAUUAAAACAGAAAGGACGACCUUACAAUACAGUACUGCGUGAUAGAUUCCGUUACGAAAUUGAUCGUGAGGUAAAGGAGUCUAUAGAAAAGUUGGAAUUAGAAAAGCGAGAACGUGAACGUGAAGAACGAAUAAUUCAUAAAUUAUCGUUGGGUGGAUUAACAGAUGAGGAGAUGCUGCACUAUGCUUUAAUGUUAUCUCAACAAGAGAAUACAGAAGCUAAACCUUCUCGGACAGAAACAACACAAUUACAUAGUAGUGAUUAUAUAGAUGAUGAAGAUGAAGAAUUAAUGAAGGCUGUUAUUGCUAGUCUGGAAUUUGAAAAUCACACCUUUAUUGAUCCAGAUACACUAGAUAAUAGUAGUAGUAGUAGUAGUAAUAAUAAUAGUCUUAGUGCUAGUAGCAGUAGUAGCCAUGUAAAUACUUUAGAUCAUUUUCGGUCAACUGCCACCGAAGUAUCAUCUCCAGGAAAUCAAGAUAAUGAAGAAGAAGAAAUAGACGAAGAAUUACGUUACAUACUUGAACUAAGUAAAACUAUAAAAUAAUAAACUAAUGUUCCCAUAAAAUAAGACUUUAUUAUUAAGCUUGUUAUA